ACAAGACUCCAUUGCCAACUCAACAACGACACUCAACCAUUGCAGCUACACAACAACCACCAAUAUAAUUUUGUACAGCUUAAUCGACAACACAACAACCUAAUCACCAACACAGACAUCGGUUCCUAAUGGCUGCACCAGCCCCCAAGAUCAUCGUUGUCGGCGGCGGCCCCGUGGGCAUGACCGCCGUCCACGCCCUCACCCGGGCUGGCAUCGACUUUGUCCUCCUCGAGAGCCGACCCACGGUCGUCAUGGACGCCGGUUCCAACCUUGUCCUGUCGCUCACUGGCCUUCGAGCCCUGAGCCAGUUCGGAAUCCUCCCCGCGCUGGAGAAGUGCAGUUCCCCGCUUGCCAAGUUCAGCCGUAUCGACCACAGCGCGCGCGACAUUGGUGACACCAUGUUCUUCACCUACUUUCAACAAAACUUUGGUGGUUACCCGCGAGUCAUCAGCCGUCACGACCUCAUGAAGACGCUCUGGGAGGCCCUCCCCGCCGACGCACAAGCCAAGGUUCACGCCAACAAGAAGGUUUCCGCCAUCCGAUCAACAGACGACGGCGUCGUCGUCGAGUGCGCCGAUGGAACUUCGUACGAGGGCUCCGUGGUCAUCGGCGCCGACGGCACCUACAGCACCGUCCGGAAGCACAUGAGCGCCCUGGUGCCCAAGGAGGCAGAGCAGCCGCAGACCGGCAGCACCGAGGCCCCCUUCCUCACCAGCUACCGCUGCUUCUGGCUGCGCUUCUCGGUCCUCCCCGGCAUCUCGCCCGGCGACGCCAGCGAGACCCACGGCCCCGAGGCCACGAUCCAGGUGUUUGCCGGCGACGACUCGGCCGUCGCGGGCGUGUACGAGAAGCUCCCCGAGCCGACCAACAAGCCGCAGCGCUACAAGCCCGAGGACGAGGAUGCCUUUGUCGAGAAGUGGGGCCACCUGCCCCUGGUCGAGGGCGGCUCCAUCACCCUGGCCGACGCCUACAAGGCCAAGCAGCAGUCCGGGCUCGUCAACCUCGAGGAGGGCGUCAUCGAGAACUGGAGCUGCGCGGGCCGCGCCGUCCUGGUCGGCGACGCCGCCCACAAGUUCACCCCGUCGACCGGCGCCGGCUGCAACAACGGCAUCAUCGACGUCGUCGUCCUGACCAACAACCUCAACAAGCUCUUCUCGGGCGGCGCGGCCCCGUCGCGCGAUGCCCUGGACGCCGCCUUUGCCGAGUACCAGGCCGCGCGCAAGGAGGUCGUCACCUCUGCCUGCAAGAUGUCGGGUGGCGCCACUUCCAUGGCGGCCUGGAGCAGCGGCUUCAUGAAGUUCCUGGACCUCUACGUCUUCUCGAGCCAGAUGGUGCAGAAGCUCUUUGUCAACAUGAACAAGAGCGCCGUGGCCAAGACGCCCAUCUUUGACUUUGUUGAGGGUGAAGAGAAGCUGGUGGGUGCCGUCCCGUGGGUAAAUGCGAUACCAUCAGCCAAGGCCCAAGCUGUUUGA